AUGGUGUUAACUCAUAAGAUCAGCGAAUUUAGGAGACAAGCAAUUGAACUUUCUAGAAGUACUUGGGUUGAUGGGGUUAAAGUUGAGCCACUUCAUCGCGCCUUAUGCAUCCAAUAUUGGUUGGAUAGAUACAAGAAAAAUGGACCACGAAGUUGGAUUAUUCUGGGAGUUCACAGUGGACGGAGGAAGGAUGGGUACCAUGAUCCUAAAACGACAAGCCGACUCUCUAUAAGAUGGUUUCGAGAUUCAAAAGAAGUCAAAGAUGUGGACAUUCCAUUCGACACGGUCAACAUCUCGGCUGAACAACUCUUGAAGACUGUUAUUGCAAUGCACGUCAAUCACAUCUUUGGUUCAACACACAGCAAAUUGGCCGCCGAACCUAUCUUUGCGAAUCGCGAGGCAUCCUUGUCACUACACACAUCUAAGACUGAGCCAAAGGAGUCUGUACUCGGUGUGCAAUUGACGGAGAGACAGCAUGUAUCAAUCACUAUAGAACCGGUCACGGGAAUUUUCAUCUUCAGUCCAGCCUCUCGAAUAAUUACCUCGUCACAGAAUAAGCUCAACAGCCUGGAUCGCGAUCCUGCAAUGGACGCGCAUUUCAACAUCGAGAAUCUUCGAUGUUUAGCCAUUUCGGAAGAGCUCACUAUCCUUGGCACUAGUGUUGGAUGGAGAAGGGCUGAAAAUCCCGGGAUAUCUAGAGAAGACCUGAAACGCAAAAUUCCGAAAGACACAAAGCAAAUCACCUGGUUUAGGAGACCUGGAUGGCAAGAGGAUUGGCUUGUUGCUGUUACGCUGGGUAUGAGUGGAGAAAGUUGGUGGUUGUUUCAAAUAUCCAAACAAUCGACGGGCGUCAAAGUCUUAACCUCUAUCCACAUACCCAUUAAAGCCGUCUCACCAACGCCCUCUUACGUAUUUAUGUCUACGCUACACAUUUUUGCAGGAGGUCUCAUAUCACAAUAUACUAAUCUCAAAGCUCUGCAUGAUAGGCGCAUUCGUCAUACUGUCCGACAGUCUGGUCUACCUUCACCCGUCAAACUUCCUUCAAUUUGGAUACAUAUUCCUGGACUAUUCCAAGCCAGGGCAAAACCAACAGCGCAUAAAACGUGGGCUACAGAUUUCCUCAAGCUUAAUUUUCAGGGGCUGGAGCCAAUUUCAAAUCUUCCAUCUCAGUCACCGAUUGAUGAUUCGCAGGCUAUUGUCCCUAAGCCUGAGCAGAAGACAGUACUGGUCACGGUUGUACGCAUGGCAGUACCUAUUCCAGCUCUUGCGGUCUUGAACGAAAAGAUAGAUAAAGAUAUUGCCUUUCAACCUAAAACAGGAGAGAUUGCUUUUAGAUUGCGGUCUCAAGUUGGCGAGUCGAUAAUUCCCGCCCUGACAGAGCGGUUAUUCCAGAUUGAACGUCUUAUCUCUUGUACUGCUGUGCUUCGUAAGCAUGAAAAUGUUAUUAAAUGCGAUAGGAUUUCACUACAAGAAAUUGCAUUUUCGUAUGGGAUGCCACCAGUAGCUCAAACAGAAUUGGUCACUAGCGCAGACAAGACAACGCCUCUUUCCUAUAAAGCAUUGGUCAGCUUAGGAUUAGUUGAAGGCAAAAUGAAACUUACGUUGGAGAUGGGUAACCCUCACAUACGUGUUUUGGAUUCUUUGGACAAAGUCUUGAAUAUUGCAAAGAGUGGAUUCGAUGCUGUUGCGACUCUUCUUCCACAAACUCUAUAUUCUUUGCGGGCUUUUGAAACAAUAGAAAAUGCCUGGGGCCCUCUUCAUGACAAAGGCGAAGUAUUCGUCGCUCCUGAUAUGCCUCAACGAACAGUCUCAUUUGAAAUCAAAAUGUGCCAUCGCAAGCAAAAACCAUGGUGGCUUGUCCGUCGUACAGAAAAGACUGAUAAGGGCGUAAGAGGGGACGCAGUUCCGGAUGAUGAAAUUGAUCUCCGUUUGAAGUCAGUGUGGGACUCCCGAGGAGAUAAUGACUGGAAGGGCAUGCGUACUAGCGCAGUUGGCCGUAAUCGUGGCAUUGAAACCUGUCUCGAAAAGAUUGAUGCAGUGAUGCGAGAUCUCUCUCCAGAAGACCUUGCAGUUCAACCAUCGCAACAAUCGCAAACGAAUAUGCAAUUACAAGCUGUAGGGCCACAAGGACAACUACCUUCGCACCCCCAGCAGCAAAGACAAUUACAAUUGCCCACGCCAGCAAACUCUCAGAAUCAUCCACAAAGUCAAGGAAGUAGCCAAGGACAACAACGGAUGCCAACUCCUAAUAUGAACAUGAAUCUAAAUAUGAAUCAGAACAUGUUGAAGAGAAAAUCUUCCGGUCAAGCCAUGAACCCUAGGGCGGCUAAGAGAGAAGUGGUAGAAAUCGAUUAG